AAUUAAAAAAACUAUCUAAACAAAUAUAUAAUAUAAAUCAAAUGAAAUGAUUGAAUUAAAUCCAUAAACAAAACUAAGCUAAUUUUAAGAAAAUACCCAAUAGGAUGAUAAAUUAUCUAUAAAAUAAUAAUAAUACUCUAACAAUUAAGUGUUUGAGAGCUAAAAGUAAAUUAAUAAGAGCCAUAAUGAUAGGUUUUCAUAGUAACAGAUUAAUAUAUAAUACAAAGAACCAUUAACAAACAAAAAAACAAUAAUUUCCAGCACUGUUGUAGAUAAAAAAUAAAUCAAGUAAUUUUUAGGUAAGGUUGUUAAUUAUAACUAAGGGAUGAGCUCAUAUAGCUCUUUUAGGCCUAAUAAAGAGUCUUAAGAUUUCAUCUAAAGCAAGACUUGCAAAUAAAAAUUUAUGAUUUUUAUGAAAAAAUAUAUAAUAAUUAAGCCUACAUCAAUAUUUAGAAUUAUUUGGGAUUUUCUUUCCAUAAUAGCAAUCCUUUUCUCAUGCUUUUAUAAUGCUUACAAGAUUUCUUUUGAUAGCAGCAAAAACACAGAUUUGACUUGGUAUGAGAUCUUAGUAGAGAGCUUUUUUAUUACUGAUAUAAUACUAAACUUCUUCUCUGCUUACUAUAACCCAGAAGAAGAUGAAGUAGUAUAUGAUUUAAAAUUGAUUGCAAUUAGAUACACUACAAAAGGAUAUUUCAUAUUAGAUUUUAUUUCCACAUUUCCAUGGCAAGUUAUUGAUAAAAAUAUAACAGUAGUAAAGCUUCUUAGAAUGCUCAGGUUGCCUCGUUUUUUGAAAUUGAUUAAAGAAGAUAGAUUUAUAAAUGUUGUUAAUACCAUUUUAAGAUACUCAGACACUUCUGAUAAAGUGAAGACAUAAUUUAUUUUUAGAUAUAUUUAUAGAAAUAUUUAAUUUAUUUUGACUGGUUUAAGUUUAGCUUAUUUUGUUAGCUGCCUUUGGUAUUAUAUGUUAAUCUCUGUAGAUUAUGAAGACCUUGAAGGAAAGAAUUUUAUAACUGAAUACGGUAUUUAAUAUAUGCCAGAUUGGAAAAAGGCUGUUACUAAUUGUUAUUUUGUGCUAACAACAUUUGCUACAGUCGGUUUCGGUGAUUUAACACCUUAAACUAAUAAUGAGCGUAUAUUCGUUAUAGUUAUGAUGAUAUGUGGUAUAGCUUUCUUUUCUUUUAUAAUGAAUAAUUUUAAUGAUGUGCUUACAAAUUAUUGGAAGAAACUAGGAUAUGUGGAUAGAAAAAUUGAAAUAGAAGAAUGGAUAUUAUCUCUAAGCAAUUAUACUGAGAGAUCUAUUGAUAAGAAACUAGUUAACUAAAUUUAAAAUCACUUUGAUUAUUUUUACAGAAAUUCAAGGCUUUCUGUGAUUUCACAGCGUGAUAAAUAUUUUUAAUUGAUGCCUUAAGAUCUUAAAAGAGAGAUGAUUAAGCACCUCUUUUAGGAUAUAUUUUACACAAAAUUUAGAAGUUUAUUUCUUCUUAAUGGAAAAUUUGAAUGCAGUGACUAUGGGUUUUACAUAGAUACAGCUUUUUAGCUCAUUCCUAUGAAAUAUUCUUAAGGGGAUAUAAUAUGUAAAUAGGGAGAUAAAUUUUCUGAAGUAUAUUUAGUUUAAUAAGGAGAAAUAGAAGCUACUUUUACCUUAGAUGAUAUAAAAGUAUCAAGAUUUUUUUCAUAGGGAUUUUAUUUUGGUGCUGUUAAUAUUCUUUCUAACAACCUUUGUGCAGUAGAUUUUAAGGCUUCAAAAAACGUAAAACUCCUUGUUUGGAGUAGAAAUAAUUUUUUAGAAACUAUAAAUCGUUACAAAGAAAUGAAAGAGCAUAUCAUAUCUGUCUGUUUUUAAUCAUUUAAGACUAUGAAAAAUUCUAUGCUGUAAGCUUUGGUUUAGCAAGUAAAAGUUAAAAAAGGUAUUAAUAUAUCAGAAGAUGCUGCUCAAAAAAUAUUCAGAAAUAUGCUUAAAUUUGUUUAUUCUUAAAAAAGAAAAUAGUAAUAUAUCCAAGAAUAAGGAGCUGCAUUUGCAACAUAAGCAACAAUUGGAUAUGAUUUAAUGGAUGUUGAAAAAAGAUUUAAUAAAGUAAACAAUUGCAUAAAUGAAAUAGAUCCUACAAUUGAAGAAAAAAAGUAGUAGAAAAAAUAAAAUUUGGAAAAUCAACAAUAAUAACUAAAAAGCUUAAUUAGAACAUUAGACAGAUAGAAUUGAUUUAAAAAAAUAAUUUACUUUUAAAGUGAUUUAGUCAUAAUGAAAUUUAAAUUUUGUUAUCUUCAUAUUUAUUUAUUUAUUUUUAAUGCAAAUAUUAAUAAAUUAUUUAAAUUAAUAGAAA